GUUCGGAGUUUUCAUUUAACCGUGCGAUUUCUGACAAAAGUCACACUGGUAAACCGAACAGUCUACUCGAGGGAGAAAAAUGAUUUAUCGCCUUUGAAAUCCCCGCCGCAUAUCAGCAGUGAAAUAGGACAAAUAGAUUGUUCAGAGUUUUCACUUCGCAAUAUUUUUCCGACCCUUAAUCUGGAUAAUAUCGAACAAUUACCGUUAGAUCAACAUCAAGAAUUGGAUCACUUAUUUUCCUACAUAUUUGAAAUGGUUUUGAAAAACCCACAAAACUAUGAAUGUUGGGUAAAAUUUUGUGCCAAAAAUGUCUCACAAGAAGGCAAAACAACCUUUAUCGCCGUUAUGAUAAAAGCUUUUAAAAAAUAUUUCCAACAAGUUUUUUUCGAUGAGGCAUCAAAUUUUCAAGUUGAAGAAGGAAAGAAAGGAUUUUGCCGGUUAUUUUCGCUACUAAUGAAUAGAAUAAGCUUUAGAAAUACAGCUGCGUGUAUAUUAUUGAAUAAUAUAAUGGAAACGUUAUUGAUCCACCGUAAAAUCGAUUUUUUAAAGGAAAUAUACGAUCAUUCAAGUGGGAAAAUAGCUAAAUUGAAGUGUGAGCUUUUUGCGCGGGCCGGUUCCUUAUUAAAAAACGGUCAAUUAAAGGAUGAAAACCGAAAGAUGUUAAUCAAAGUAAUAAUAGAUUUUAAUAAAAGAGUGGAAAGAGUUGGUUAUGAAAUUUACUCUGAAUUGGCAUAUGAGACACGUCUUGCUCGUAUAAAACGUAAGCACUGAUUUGAUUUCGUUUUAAGGAUGGGAGAUGAGAAAUAUUAAAUAAGUACAUAAUACAUCGGUAAAUUAAAGAAAUAUGUACUAAUUCAUAAUUGUGAUAGACCUGUAUACUACUUAGGUAGGCUAGAGUUAUGUAAAUUAUUUGAGGAGCUUGGUUACAAAGUUAGACAAACGCCACAAGGUUGAUUUUGAGAAAAUCUAUGUUUUUUGUUACAAAAAUAUACAGCAUUGUAAAGGUGGGGGAUUUUUGACAAAUUGUAGUGAUGAUACUGAGUAACAAAAAUACAAAAAAAUAUCCUUCCACCAUCACCCCCCACCACUAAUAAAAAGAACCUGAAAAUGCACUUGUCUGAUUUUGAAACCAAGAUGAAGAUAAUUUGAAAUGGAAGCUGUCUAGAUCAGUUAGGUUUUGAUACGUAUAGGAUUUUUAACCCUCUUUCCACUUCUGAGGUCCCUCAGUUUCAAAAUAGUACAUAAAAAGUCAAAAAACGCGAUCAAAGUUGCGCCUUAGUUUCAAACACGGACAUGUGAACUUUAUCUUAGUUUCAAAAUGAGACAUAUCCUAUCAUCUUAGUUUCAAAAACAGACAUAUCCUGGAUAUGUCUGUUUUUGAAACUAAGACAAUUUGCACUCAUGUCUGUGUUUGAAACUAAGGCAAAACUUUGAGCGCGUUUUUUACCCUUUUAUGUACUAUAUUGAAAAUAACAGACCUCGGCAAUGAAAAGAGCGUUAAAAAUCCUAUAAGAAUCAAUAUCUAACUCGAUUUUUGUAGAAGUGGCGUUUGUCUAACUUUGUAACCAACCUCCUCAUUUUAAUGUGAUUGAAAAUUGCAUAGGUAGGUAUCUAGGUAAUACGUAUACGUAUUCUUGCAUUGUUCGCGUUUUAUUUAUAGUAAGUACGUAUUAUGGUAUGUAUUCGCUUUCAUGAACGUUUCUAAAUUACGAGUAGAUAUGUAGGUACCUAUUUUAUUUGUCAAUAGCUUAGUAUUUUUUAUACCUAC